GCAGCAGCAGGAAAAGGGGGCGGGGCCUCUCUCUGACAAUGCUAACUUUGACCUGUAGACUUUGUCCCUCAGGGUGCAGCGUGUACUCUACACCGACUGCAUGGUGAGUUUUUGUUUUGAGCCGUCCCGGGGUCAGCAGCACAGGCAGGAGCUUUGACAUGCAGACUGUACCGGAGGAGUGGAGGGAAGAAGGAAAGGAGGAGAGGAUGGAGGAGACAUUAAAGAAGAGGAGAGGGGGAGAGGUAAAGGAGAAUGGAGAGGUGGAGAAGGAGUCCCUGAUGAUGGAGCUGUCGCGGUUGGUGCAGAAGGCGGUGAAGGAGAGCAGCUGGUGGGAGAGGAAGGGCAUCGACUGCAGCAUCCUGGCUGCAGCGUUCCUCUGUGUGCCUCCCGCCUUCCUGCUGCUCGGCUCCUCUCAGCCGCUGUGGUUUUCAGCCGGCGUGCUGCUGAUGGGCGUCGCUCACGGCGUCAUCACCAUCAAGGGGACACAUCUGGCCAGCCACGGGGCGCUGAGCGAGUCGCAGGCCUGGAGCAACUUCUGGGCCGUCUUCUUCAUCGAGAUCUGCGGCUCGUUCUCGGCGCGGGCCGGCGUUCAGGGUCACAUUAAGAUGCAUCACGCUCACACUAACGUCAUUGGACUGGGCGACUCCAGCGUGUGGAAGGUCCCGUUCCUGCCUCGCUCUGUCUACCUGUUCAUAGCCCCUCUGGCCGUGCCCGUCAUCACUCCACUCGUUGCACUCGCUCACCUCAGAGGAAACUCUCCGCUGCUCAUCUGCAGGACCGUCCUGAUGGUGACACUGGGCCUGUACUCCCAGUACUGGCUGCUGAUCCACGUCUCCGGGUUCCUGUCACCUGUCAGCGCUCUGCUCUGCAUGCUCGUCUGCAGAGCCAUGUUCUCUGUGCCGUACAUACACGUCAACAUUUUCCAGCACAUCGGCCUCCCCAUGUUCUCCCCGACCAGCCGCCCCAAGAGGGUCUACCAGAUGACGCACGGGGUCCUGAACCUGCCGAGGAACUUCCUGCUGGACUGGAUCUUCGGACACUCGCUGAUCAACUGCCACGUGGAGCACCACCUGUUCCCCUUUCUGUCUGACAACAUGUGUCUGAAGGUGAAGCCGGUCGUGUCAAAGUAUCUGACUGAGAAGAAGCUCCCCUACCAGGAGGACCGCUACCUGUCCCGCCUUCAACUUUUCUUCAACAAGUACCAGGAGCUGAUGGUGUUUGCUCCGCCCAUCACAGAGCUGGUGGGCGUGCAGUGAUGGAGGAACAAAAACAAACUGUUCAGACUAAAAGACUGCUGCUGCUCCAGAGCACAAACUUCUGCUUUAAGUCCAUUUCUGCUGACAUGUAUCAACCUCCACACAGAGAGAGAGAGAGAGAGAGAGAGAGAGAGAGAGAGAGAGAGAGAGAGAGAGAGAGAGAGAGGAGGUUUUUAAUCAAUGACUCAUCAACACCUUUAAUGUCGUGUGAUAUCAGGAGCUCAUUCACAUCCUCACCAUCGAUUUCUCAAAGUUUUAAGAACUGAAUUCAUUCGUCUCUGAUUGAGGUAAUUUCUCUGAUUGGUCCACGCUGCUGCCCUCCCGGAGGAUUUGAAUGUUAUGGCUCGAACAUUUUGAGACAAAUCCCCCCGUUUAAAAAAACAAAAAACAGACUAUCUUUUCAUCGUCUGCUUUUCCUCGAUCACUGGAUACACGAGAGUCUGAUCAUCAGAUUUCAUAUUUCCUGAGAUGUUUGAGGAAGUUGAGGAUUAAAAAUCAGGAAUUCAAUCUCUGCAGCGGUGACAUCUAAAGGUCUAUUACGGUAAAACUUUACAGGAACAAAACACAGCAGACAAAUUGCAGUAAAAAAAAUGUGUUGAAUUAAAACGUUUACAAUUUCUUUGAUGCUUUAAAACACUGUUUGUUUGUAUAAUAAGCGUAAUUUCUUUGUUAUUUUCUUUAUAAUUUUAUUAUAAAUUACAGGACAGAAAUCAAUAAACUGCUUCAUUAAAUGUAAAAUAAAAUGUCUUAACCAUGAAUAGCAGCUUCAUAUCUAACCUCGGAGAGAACAGUUCUAAGGUUUAAUUCUCCUUGCUUCAUAGCCUUCAUGCUAAGCUAGGCUAAUCACCCCUCUGGCACUUAUCUAAACUGAAUCUUUUUUUAUCUUAUCACGUUGAGAAGCGUGCUUUAAACUUGGUAGACAAUGUUUUUAAAACUCUUUUUAACAACCUUCAACAUGCAGAUCAAACCUGCAACCGGAUUAAAACGCUGAGAUAUAGCCCCCUGUUUCCAUGGCGACAGAUGAUGGUGCUGUUGUUUCGAUGCAAAUGAUUAUUUUGUCUGUGUCCGACCUGCUCAAAGACUCGUCUAUACUGCACUGUAGUUACACUAAGACGUAGAGGAUUCACAGCGUGUGUUUCAUCUGUUGAAUAAAUAAUACAUUUUUAAUGAUUUUAA